AUGUUCGACCGGACACUUGUCCCAUUGUCAGACAAGCCAGGCCACCAUGGCAAGGCAUACUUCGACCGCAAGUCCAACUACUCGCUCAACGUUCAGCUCAUCAACCUUCCCAAUUUGCGCAUCGUCGACUACGUUAUUGGCCCUGUUGGCAGCAUGCACAAUGCCUCCGCCUUUGCCGAGUCACGCGUUUCGCAGAACCGCGCCGAGCUGCUCGCUCCAGGAGAAUGGAUUUGGGCCGAUUCGGCAUACAUGCUGGUCCCAUGGUGCAUCACACCAUACAAGAAGCCUGCCACCCUCGAGCCGGAGAACCGGAGGUUUAAUUACUAUGUCUCCGCAGUGCUCCGCAUUUGCUCUGAGCACGCUGUGAGCUUUCUCAAAUGCCGCUUCCAGUUGCUUCGUGGGCUCUGUCAACAAAUCAAGAACCGCCGCGACCAUCUCUGGGCUGUCAAAUGGAUACACACAUGCAUUAUCAUCCACACACUCGUGCAGGACAUCAAGCAGGAGGACACAGGGAGUGGCAGUAUGAGGUGA